GCUUGGAAACAGGAUGACGCUUCUGGACAUGUGGGAAUUUCUCCUAAUAGUGCCUCACGGUUGAAUCUACGUGUUGCUGAGGAUGUUAGAGCAGCGUGCAUCUGAGAAAAUCUUUCAGACAUGGCAAGCGGAAGCUUGGUAGAAGACAAAAAGUAAUUCACGCUGUGUAGCCUUGGGGACUAAAGAAGUUUGUCUCUGCUUACCUUGCCAGUGGAGUUGCUGGAAUUUUGCAGAAUGAGGUAGAAACUGUGGCUUUCAUCAAUUUCCCAAAAGAUAAAAAAAAUUAUGAGAUUAUUAUUAUGAGAAUUAUGAGAUCUCCACUUGAUUAUCACUGUUGAGGACCAGGAGCCGUUUCCAGUAACUCACCCUUCUGUGAAAAAGGUCUGAACAGCGCCAACGAGGCACCGAAGCUGUGCUGUCACAUGGACAUUGAACAGCUGUUAGAUUUACCAUCUCGUCUCAGAAAGAAACCGGACCGCUCAGGAGCUAUACAGCACUGCACACGACAAUGCUGAAAAAACUUGUUUGCAUCAAAGCACCUCGUACUUAGCAACUGGUGAGGAUGAGAGACUGUGUGAUGACCCACCUGUAUUUGACAAGUGUGUUUUUCACCUCGUUGGAGAGAGGAGCGCAGAGGGAAAAAAGUCAACGAGAGGAAACAGGGGAGGGGAAGAGCGAGCCAGCGAGGGAAGGUGUGAAGCCAACACUGUGAAACAAAAAGCUAGAGAAGACGAACAGAGCUGAGAAAGACAGAGAGAAGAUAAGAACUCUGCCAGGCUGAAAAAGGAGUAAAAGCACAAACAGCAGAUCAAAGACCUGGCCCAAUGCCAAUUUAACGCUGGAGGAUCGUGUUUUGUCAGAGCCAUAGAGGGAAAAUUCUUAAUGGAACCACAAACGGGGACCUCUCUCUGACCUGUCAAUGGUAAUGCAGACUGAUAACAAAAUGGAUGUAAACUCUCCAAACAGCACUUUUGCCAGCAACACAUCACAUACCCAGGCCGCUCCCCACAACGUUUGGGAGGUUAUAACCAUUGCUACUGUGUCGGCCAUUGUCAGCUUGAUAACCAUUGUUGGUAACGUGCUGGUGCUGCUGUCCUUCAAAGUCAACAGCCAGCUGAAGACUGUAAACAACUACUACCUACUGAGUUUGGCCUUUGCUGACCUCAUCAUAGGAGCGUUGUCCAUGAACUUAUACACCACGUAUAUCCUGAUGGGUUACUGGUCCUUAGGAAACCUUGCAUGUGAUCUCUGGCUAUCAGUGGAUUAUGUAGCUAGCAAUGCUUCAGUUAUGAACUUACUCGUCAUCAGCUUCGACAGGUACUUCUCCAUCACAAGACCGCUAACUUACAGGGCUAAAAGGACUCCAAAGAGAGCUGCCAUCAUGAUCGGCCUUGCAUGGCUGGUGUCUUUUGUCCUCUGGGCACCACCCAUUCUAUGCUGGCAGUACUUUGUAGGAGAGAGAAACGUCCCUCCUGACCAGUGCCAGAUCCAGUUUUUAACAGAGCCUGUGAUCACAUUUGGGACAGCCAUUGCUGCUUUCUACAUCCCCGUCUCCGUUAUGACCAUCCUUUACUGUAGGAUCUACAAGGAGACGCAGAGACGCACCAAAGAUCUGGCAGAGCUGCAAGGGCUCGCAACUGAAAAUGUUCUAGAGGGGAUUAAACCACAGAAAACUAUCAUUCAUUCUUGCUUUCAUUUCACCAGAGAGAGGAGAGAUCAGAGUCAGGCCUCGUGGUCCUCAUCUAACCAAAGUAAUGCCACUAAAACUACCAUCAGAUCAGAUGAGAUAUGGGUGAAAGCAGAUCAGAUCACUUCCUUCAACAGCUACUCUUUAUCUGAAGAGGAGGAGCAGCAUGUGUCAAUAGAAACGCCACAGGGAUCUUUCAAAGAGCAAGGUAGUGGACAAAGUAAUAAGAACGGGCAGGUGAGUGAUUAUACAGAAGAUCUGUACUUUUCCACUCCUCAAAAGAAGAGCAGUAAAAAACACAUCUCUUAUAAAUUGAAACCUGGCUCAAAGGGUAAAAAUGGCAACUCUACAACCGUCACACCCUGCCUGCCUGAAGCAGAGCAGCCCACCAAAAACGCCUCCCCUUCCUCCUCCACCACCUCCAAACCCCUUGACCCUGUCCUGAAGAACCAGAUCACCAAGAGGAAGAGGAUGGUGCUUGUGAAGGAGAAGAAGGCGGCCCAGACUCUCAGUGCCAUCCUCCUGGCCUUUAUCCUCACAUGGACGCCAUACAACAUCAUGGUGCUCAUCUCCACUUUCUGUGCCGAGUGCAUCCCCACGUCCCUGUGGCACCUGGGCUACUGGCUGUGCUACGUCAACAGCACCAUCAACCCCAUGUGCUACGCCCUCUGCAACAAGACCUUUCAGAAGACCUUCCGCAUGCUUCUGCUCUGCCAGUGGAGGAAGAGGAAGAGGAGAGGGGAGGACAAGCUGUACUGGAGUGGACAAAACGCAAACGUCAACAAUAAAAUGACCUAAUGUGGCAAACUGCAAUGUAAAGCAGACUUAUUGCUUUUGUCCCCAAUUUUCUUGAUAUAUACUGUAGUUAGUGGUCACCUUCAGCAUGAUGUGCUGCAUGUGAUUUUUGUGUUAAAGUACAUGUUGAUAGAAAAUGAGAUGACCCUGAAGCAGCACUUAAACCAAUGCUCAGGAUUAUUACAGAAAAGUAAAACCCGGUAGGGACAUUGUUACAAAGGUUAAAAAGGGGUUCAAAUUAUUAUAUGAAUCUAUUUCAAAGGGGAACUUCACUGAUUUUAAACAUCAAAGUGUACAGGUUGGGUAGUAUUACUGCAUAUCUGAAAAGAAUAUAAACCCUUUUGUGUCUCUUUUUUUAAGAUUAUUUUGUUGGGGGCAUUUUAGGCCUUUAAUUUCACAGGACAGAGGAAGACAUGAAAGGGCAGAGAGGGGGGGAAUGACAUGCAGCAUAGGGCUGCAGGUCAGAGUUGAAUCCAGGCUCGCUAUAUCGAGGAUUAAACCUCUACAUUAGUGAGCCUGCUCUACCAAAUGAGCUAACCCGGCCGCCCUUUCAUGACUCUUGAUGGCGCUGCACAAAGUCUGAUCAUUUGCCUCAAGUGAUGUCACCUGAGUCGCUGUUGGUCAGGGCUGGAAACUACAACAAUGAAAAUAACAUAGAGUUCUUGCCUCCUCUCCAUACUAGUGGUAAAACGAUAUCUUAAAGCAAACUGUAACAUGACUCCGAAGUU